UCUCGAAGUUUUUGUAAGACUGCAGCUUUAAGGGUGUAUCGGUAGUUUGAGGAAAUAGGAAGUCAGUCCGGUAACAUUUAGCACAAAGGCACAAAAACAAAGGCGCUCGUGAAUGAUGGCAGGAAUCAAAGCUCUGGUCGCGUUAUCCUUCAGCGGCGCACUCGGGCUGACUUUUCUCCUUUUGGGAUGCGCUCUGCAACAGUUUGGAGUGUACUGGCCGAUGUUUGUCCUGAUCUUCUACAUCCUGUCACCUAUCCCGAAUUUGAUAUCCAGGAGGCACGCGGACGACACUGAGUCAAGCAAUGCGUGCAGGGAGCUCGCAUACUUUUUAACCACUGGAAUAGUGGUGUCGGCGUACGGCCUGCCCGUUGUGCUCGCACGAAAAUCUGUGAUCCAGUGGGGCGCCUGUGGCCUAAUAAUGGCAGGCAAUUGUGUCAUUUUUCUGACCAUUCUUGGUUUCUUCCUGAUAUUUGGUGGUGGAGAUGACUUUAGCUGGGAACAGUGGUAAAACCUAUCCGGGAGAAGAAUAUAUCCGCAUUAUAAACUACGAAACUUUAAGUGGCUUGCCAUGGCGAUGCUGAUUAACCCAAGCCUGGACAGAGACUGCGUCCAUUGCUUCCGUCUUUCUCUCGGUUGUGGCUGCUUUGGCGCUCCGCUUCUGCCUUUUCAUUUGCAUUACAUGCGUAUGACUCCGCGUACACAAUAAUUAGCUUUAAAAUGGUAAUUAUGAUGUUGUAUUUAAACUUGUUUGAACAGCAAAAAGGGUAAACCUGUAUAUUAGUUUGCUUCAUAUUUACUCAAAUCAAAAUCAAAAAAUCGAUCGGUUAUAAUUUGCUUGAUUUUAUUAAACCUGUUGUUGGACCACUUAAAAAUUUAGAUUUCUUUCCCGCCCUCUCUCAAUGCAUAAAUUGGUGUAUUAAAAACAAAAAAGUCAUGUUUUUAUUCGCUGUAUUACACAAGAGGUUCACAAUAAUUGACAAAUUCCUAAAAGUAGGCUACUACUGAGAUUCAUGCUUAAAUAACGCAUUUUAGCACGGACUGGAAAUUUAAAUCGCAUUUAGAAUUUAAUAAUGCACAAAGGUAAGCAUAGAUUGAACGUAUUUGUUUGUGCUUUUUUAGCAGCUUGAAUUGUGAGCACAUAAUUACGCUUAUUAAAUUAUGAAUGAUCAUUAUUUGCACUCGGUUUAUAGUUAAGAGGCUUAAUGAACGAUCAAACAAUGCCGCCUAAGAGUUAAAGCAACGCUUUGUGUUUGCAAACAGAAGCGCUGUAACCAUGGCAGUCUAUGAAGUGUCUUUGGCCUUUGUUUUUUUUGCAAUGCCGCUAAUGUCGAUUACGGACCGGACCCGUUCAGCUUUAACCUUCUUAAACUGUUUACAUACCGUAUUACCAAAGCGAACAUCUUUCUGCCGUUCUGCAGAAACGGGAAGAAGAGUUAAAUGCGUGCGGAAUACAAUCGUGAACCGCCUUUUAGCGAUUACAGAAUGCUUAUUACAGUUACUUUUAUUGGAACCGCAUAUGAUUCAUGACAUUCCAGAAACAUUUUCUUAUAACUGACAUAAUUCCACAUCAAAGCUUACGAAAAACACUGCGAUUGUUAUGUAAUUUAAUACAUUGUAGCUUUUUGGGUUUAAUGGUUGACAGUUUCACACUACUUUUGUCAUUUAAUAGCUAAGAAAGGUUUUAUCCACUGUUUAAAAUCUUCCUCUUUUAAAGUCUAGACCGACUUUGCAUAGAAUCACUUGUAUAAGGGAUGUUUUUCGUAUACCUUUGAUCUUGUUUCAGCACUUUCAAGCAAUAUCCAUUUGAUUAUUUGAAUUAAAAAACACCAUUUUUUUGCCUUGUCGUAAUUUUGUCUUCUUCAGUAACUCUAUGUAAUUAGCGUCAAAUUGCACUCUUUUUGACCGAUGUGACUUUUAGUUAUGGAUACAGUAAAUCAUUACAGAGCGGAGAGAUACAGACCAGAGGACUGCUGUACAGUGAACGUAACUAUAUAAGGUCUGUUUCAAAGACCUGCUCAGACUUAAAUAUAAUGUACGUUUGAAUUUGCAUCUGGUCUGCUUCCCGUGUUUGCUGCAGACACAGGAUGCAGAGAGCGAAGAUCUUACACGCAAGAAAGGAGGCGAAUAUUUCUGUAUCUGGAGGUGGCAGAUAUUGUAGGAGUGAGAUUGAGAAGUCACCGAAGCUUGAAUGUGAUGGAAAGCGAGCCGUAAGAUUUUUCUGGAUUGUUGCACCUGCGUGGUCUGUCGAGCUCGGAUGCUUAUUUAUUCCUCUAGAGGUCUUGGUCUUCAGAAUCUCAAUUCAACAAGUGGUCUCUUAUUAAUGUCGUCAUUCGUAAUUGUGUCCAUAAACGGAAUUUGACGUUUUGGGAAACAAAUGAACGAAAUAAAUGAAAACUUUUAUUUAAAUAAAAUUAUUUUUCGUUUCU